UCGCCCUCGGCGCGCGGAACCCGUGGACUCUGUGGACACCGCUGACCCCGAACCUUCCCGACCGCCAGCCCUGGACCGACAAACACCCAGAUCUGUUGACCUGCGGCCGCUGCCUGCAGACCUUCCCGUUGGAGGCCAUCACUGCCUUCAUGGACCACAAGAAGCUGGGCUGUCAGCUCUUCAGAGGCCCCAGCCGCGGCCAGGGCUCAGAACGAGAGGAGCUAAAGGCCUUGAGCUGCCUGCGCUGUGGCAAACAGUUCACAGUGGCCUGGAAGCUGCUGCGUCACGCCCAGUGGGACCAUGGACUGUCCAUCUACCAGACAGAAUCAGAGGCCCCAGAGGCCCCGCUCCUGGGCCUGGCCGAGGUGGCUGCAGCCGUGUCGGCAGUGGUGGGGCCAGCAGCUGAGGCCAAGAGCCCCCGUGCAAGUGGCAGCAGCCUCACCCGGCGGAGCCCCACCUGUCCCGUGUGCAAGAAGACCCUCAGCUCCUUCAGCAACCUCAAGGUGCACAUGCGCUCGCACACAGGCGAGCGGCCCUAUGCAUGCGACCAGUGUCCCUAUGCCUGCGCCCAAAGCAGCAAGCUCAACCGCCACAAGAAGACCCACCGGCAGGUGCCGCCCCAGAGUCCCAUCAUGGCCGACACCAGCCAGGAGCAGGCCUCUGCGGCCCCUCCGGAGCCGGCUGCCCAUGCCGCUGCCCCCGCCAGCACCCUCCCAUGCAGCGCUGGUGAGGGGGCUGGAGCCGCCGCCACAGCAGGUGUCCAAGAACCCGGGGCUCCUGGCAGUGGGGCUCAAGCCGGCCCUGGUGGAGACACUUGGGGAGCCAUCACCGCAGAACAGAGAACUGACCCUGCAAACAGCCAGAAGGCAUCACCCAAAAAGAUGCCCAAGUCAGGGGGCAAGAGCCGUGGGCCCGGGGGCAGCUGCGAGUUCUGUGGGAAGCAUUUUACCAACAGCAGCAACCUGACGGUGCAUCGGCGCUCGCACACCGGGGAGCGCCCCUACACCUGUGAGCUCUGCAACUACGCCUGCGCCCAGAGCAGCAAGCUCAACCGCCACCGCCGCAUGCACGGCAUGACGCCUGGCAGCACCCGCUUCGAGUGCCCUCACUGCCAUGUGCCCUUCGGCCUGCGAGCCACCCUGGACAAACACCUCCGGCAGAAGCACCCUGAGGUGGCCGGGGAGGCCUGAGCCCAGGAAAGGCCGCCACUGUCCCUGGCACCGCCACCAACACCUGUUGACCUCCUCAUUUUUGCCCCCUUUUCCAAGUAAAUUUCCCCUUUUAUUUA